AUGACUCUUUGCAUUCCCGACAAGGAGCUCGCCAUUUUAAUCGAUCGCUGGAUUGAAUACGAUUCUAAUACCAACACCAGGGCAUUCAUAGCUGGAUUGAAGGAAAAAAAUAGCUGGGAUGUUCUGGAAUCUCUGAUGCGCCCCCGCAUUUCAUUUGGCACUGCCGGACUGCGUGCAGAAAUGGGCGCUGGCUUUGCACGCAUGAACGAUCUUACGGUUAUGCAGACAUCGCAAGGCCUUGCCUCUUAUGUCAAGAAGCACACAGCAAAGGAAGAGCCGGUUGCAGUGAUUGGAUACGACCAUCGGGCAAAUUCGAAAACCUUUUCUCGAAUCACAACCGAGGCCUUUUUAAAGAAGGGGUUCAAGGUAUUUUUGUUCCCAGACAUCAUUCCAACACCCCUUCUGGCCUUUUCUGUGCUGCAGCUAAAGGCCGAUAUUGGAGUCAUGAUAACCGCAUCGCACAAUCCAAAGUCCGACAAUGGCUACAAGGUCUAUUGGUCGAAUGGAGCCCAGAUUCUGGCCCCCCAUGAUGCCAAUAUCUUAUGCUCCAUCCAGGCGAAUCUGGAGCCCUGGUCUGCGUUGCCAAGCGCGCUUGACAAGACUUUUGUUCCUGACACGCUCUGUGCCUACUUGUCUUCAAUUACAUCCAUUCUUUCCGUCAAAACGGCGCCAAAAUCGGUUCCCCGUGUCGUGUAUACAGCAAUGCAUGGAGUUGGCUAUCAAACUGUCAAAGCAUCUGUGAAAGCCUGUGGCUUUCCAGAGUUAUUUCCGGUAAAAUCUCAGGUCGAUCCGGACCCAGAGUUUCCAACAGCACCCAAGCCCAACCCCGAAGAAGCAGGCGCUUUUGAUGAGGCCUUUAAAACCGCCAAGGAUGUUGGUGCUACGGUUAUCUUUUCUAAUGACCCAGAUGCCGAUCGCUUUUCACUUGCCGAGGAGCUUUCUGAUGGGAAAUGGAGGAUCUUUACUGGAGACGAAGUUGGGAUCAUCCUAGCCUCAUAUUUGGUGGAGGAGGGCUUGUUCAGGGAAACACCGAACAUUGCCGUUUUGAAUACUGUGGUCUCCAGUUCACUGUUGGGCAAAAUGGCUUCUAAUUGGAGUGCUGAGUAUGCCCACCGCAAGUUUAAAUAUGCCCAGUGUCUAACUGGGUUCAAAAACAUCGUACAUUCGGCGCAGAGGCUAAUGAACCAGGGAUAUAAUGUUGCGCUUGCUUACGAAGAGGCGCUUGGCUAUAUGUGUACGACAAAUGUGAUGGACAAGGACGGCAUUUCUGCGCUUAUGAAUGCCUGCUGA